AGCAGCCUCAUGGACUUCUCAUGACUGGGCUGGUUUGAACCAUCAUCUUCAGAUCUCAGCUCCUGUGUAGCCAGGAUUAGAGGCAUGAGUCAGUAGUACUUGGCUUGUAUUGAACAUUUUGAGAUAUGAGCUUGCUUUUUCUCCCUGUACCUAUACCUGGACUGUAGUCCUCCUAUUUUACCUUCCUGCUGUAACUGUGAUGCUUAGAUCAUGCCACCAUGCCCAGAUUCUUCUGUUAAGAUUAAGUUUUGUGAUCUUGUUUUGUUCAAGCUCACCUCAAGCUAUGAUUCCUCACAUUUCAGCCUUCCAAGUAGCUAGAAUUGCAGCUUUUCUAUGCUUCCUUUAAACUUCCAAGUCGUGGAAAAAGCAAACUCUAAGAAGCAAAGUCUUUCUCUAUUUGGAUGGCAGACCCUGUGGGAGAUCUAUGUGGAAGAGAUUCUCCCGUCCCAAGUGUGAAGAAGCCUUAAGCAAGUUAUAAUCUAGGCAACUGGCUCCUUGAAGUGUUGACUAAUGAACUAUGACUCAAAAAUGUUAAUAACUAAACCAAGGCCAUGGGGAAUUCAUAUGCUGGGCAACUGAAAUCUGCUCGCUUUGAAGAAGCACUGCACAACUCCAUAGAAGCCUCUCUCCGAUGUAGUAGUGUGGUACCACGGCCAAUUUUUUCCCAGCUCUAUUUGGACCCUGACCAGCUUCCUUUCUCAUCUGCAGAUGUCAAACCCAAGGUAGAAGAUCUGGAUAAAGAUCUGGUACACCGCUACACUCAAAAUGGCAGUCUGGAUUUUUCUAACAAUCUAGCAGUUAACGACAUGGAAGAUGAUGAAGAUGAUGAAGAAAUGUCUGAUUCUAACAGCCCUCCAAUUCCCUAUUCACAGAAACCUGCCCCAGAAGGAUCUUGCACUACAGAUGGUUUUUGUCAAGCAGGAAAGGAUUUGCGUUUGGUAUCCCUGUGUAUGGAACAAAUCGACAUCCCAGCAGGAUUCCUCCUGGUGGGAGCCAAAUCUCCCAAUCUUCCUGAACAUAUCCUAGUUUGUGCUGUAGACAAGCGAUUCCUACCAGAUGAUAAUGGGAAAAAUGCACUUUUAGGGUUUUCUGGAAAUUGUAUUGGCUGUGGAGAAAGAGGAUUUCGGUAUUUCACAGAAUUUUCCAACCACAUUAACUUGAAGCUCACCACCCAGCCAAAGAAGCAGAAGCACUUAAAGUACUACCUAGUCAGAACCUCCCAGGGUGUGCUGUCAAAGGGACCUCUUAUCUGCUGGAAAGAAUGUAGAAGCCGACAAUCCUCUGCUACUUGUCAUUCUAUUAAACCAAACUCUUCUGUGUCAUCAACUAUGACCCCAGAAAAUGGAACAGCUAACGGAUACAAAACAGGAUUCACUCAAACAGAUUCACCGACUCUCAGUGAAGCUAAUUCUGCAAUCAAUUUAAGUGGAGCUCAGGACCUGACCCGGAAUAAGAAUGUUGUGAAACCUCUGGCUUUAUCCUUGCAGGUUGUAGGGAAGACUUUUGCUGCAGAUGCUGCAAAUGGAAGCAGUAGUCAAGGAGGAAAGGCUAGCAUACCCAGCUCCACUCCAGCCCACCCAGGGAACUACCCCUUGUCACCAAGACCUAGCUAUGCAUCUGCAGACCAAGCUACCAUGUUCAUUUCUGGACCACCAAAGAAACGACAUCGGGGAUGGUACCCUGGGUCACCAGUCCCCCAACCUGGUUUAGUCGUACCUGUUCCUACAAUUCGCCCUCUUUCAAGAACUGAUCUUCUUUUAUCUGCCCCAGUUCCACAGACCCCAUUAACUGGAAUUUUACAACCUCGGCCCAUUCCUGCAGGGGAAACUGUAAUUGUUCCUGAAAACCUGCUAAGUAACUCAGGAGUUAGACCUGUAAUUCUGAUAGGCUAUGGCACUUUACCCUAUUUCUAUGGAAAUGUUGGUGACAUUGUUGUGAGUCCUCUGCUGGUGAAUUGCUACAAGAUUCCACAGUUGGAAAACAAAGAUUUGGAACAAUUGGGGUUGACUAGUAGUCAACUCCUGAGCGUGGAAAACAUGAUCCUUCUGACCAUCCAAUAUCUUGUGCGCCUGGGUCCUGAUCAGAUACCUCUCAGGGAGGAAUUCGAGCAAAUUAUGCUGAAAGCUAUGCAGGAAUUUACUCUGAGAGAGCGGGCCCUGCAGAUGGGAGCUUCGUGUACCUCAGUGUCUCCAGGACAACUCCCCUGGCUUGCUAGAUUAAUUGCCAGCGUGUCACAAGACUUGGUUCAUGUAAUUGUGACUCAAAACUCUUUAGCAGAGGGCAUUUCAGAGACAUUGCGGAUUCUCAGUGAAAUAAGACACUAUCAAAGGUUGCCAGAUUAUGUGGUGGCAAUUUGUGCAUCAAAAAUCAGAGGAAAUGAGUUUUGUGUGGUGGUGUUAGGUCAACAUCAGUCCCGUGCUCUGGCAGAGAGCAUGCUCACCACAAGUGAGUUUUUGAAGGAAAUUAGUUAUGAGCUCAUCACAGGAAAGGUCAGCUUCCUGGCAUCACAUUUCAAAACCACAUCAUUAGGUGACGACCUAGAAAAACUACUAGAAAAAAUGCAACAGAGAAGAGGAGAUAGUGUGGUCAUCCCUUUCAAUGGAGAUCUUAAUGAAUGUGUGUCACCCCAGGAGGCUGCUGCUAUGAUCCCCACCCAAAACCUGGAUUUUGAUAAUGAAACCUUCCAAAUUUAUCAACCACAGCUUACAGUUGCCAGAAAACUCUUAUCCCAGGUAUGUGCUAUUGCCGACAGUGGCAGCCAGACCCUGGACCUUGGCCACUUUAGCAAAGUGGACUUCAUCAUCAUCGUCCCAAGAUCGGAGGUUCUAGUCCAGCAAACUCUCCAACGGGUCCGACAAUCAGGUGUCCUUGUAGACCUGGGACUAGAGGAAAACGGGACGGCUCAUCAGAGAGCAGAGAAAUAUGUUGUUCGUCUGGACAAUGAGAUUCAAAGCAAGUUUGACGUUUUUAUGAGGAGGGUGAAACAGAACCCGUACACACUGUUUGUGCUAGUUCAUGACAACUCCCAUGUGGAGCUAACGAGUGUCAUCUCAGGCACUCUGUCCCACGGUGAACCCAGUCACGGGUUGGCUGAUAGAGUCAUUAAUUGCAGAGAAGUUCUGGAAUCUUUCAACCUCCUGGUGCUCCAGGUUAGCUCCUUUCCGUACACACUUCAGACCCAGCAGUCCCGAAUCAGCUCCAGCAACGAAGUUCACUGGAUACAGCUGGACACAGCGGAGGAUGUGGGCUGUGAGGAGAAGCUGUACUUCGGCUUGAACGAGUACAGCAAGUCUCUGCAGUGGGGGGUCACCAGCCCACUUCUGAGAUGUGACGAGACCUUUGAGAAGAUGGUGAACACACUCCUGGAGAGGUAUCCCCGGUUGCACAGCAUGGUCGUCCGCUGCUAUCUUCUCAUACAGCAGUACUCUGAAGCCCUGAUGGCUCUCACCACCAUGGCAUCACUCCGAGGCCACAGCACACCUGAAACGCUCAGCAUCAUAGAUGACCUCAUCAGCUCCCCAGGAAAAAACAAAAGCGGGAGGGGCCACAUGCUGGUGAUCAGGGUGCCCUCGGUGCAGCUGGCCAUGCUGGCCAAAGAGCGACUGCAGGAGGUGCGUGACAAGCUGGGCCUGCAGUAUCGCUUCGAGAUCAUCCUGGGGAACCCGGCCACCGAACUCAACGUGGCAAAUCACUUUGUGGCACGAUUAAAGAUGUGGAGAGGAAAUGAGCCAGAAGAAUGGAUCCCUCGGACAUAUCAAGAUUUAGAAGGUCUCCCUUGUAUAGUGAUAUUAACCGGCAAAGACCCGCUGGGGGAAACCUUUCCCAGGUCUUUGAAGUACUGUGACCUCCGGUUAAUCGACUCAAGCUAUUUAACUCGCACGGCUUUGGAACAGGAGGUGGGGCUGGCAUGCUGCUAUGUCUCAAAAGAGGUCAUCCGGGGACCCACUGCUGCCCUAGACCUCAGUGGAAAGGAGCCAGAGCGAGCCUCUGCCAGCGAGAAUGACUCGGAGGAGUUGCUCAUCGACCUGGAGCGGCCGCAGAGCAACAGCAGUGCUGUCACUGGAACCUCGGGGUCCCUCAUGGAGAACGGAGUGAGCUCCUCCAGCACCGCAGACAAGGCCCAGAGGCAGCCGCGGGCCCCCAGCCUCCUGAGUCCGGCCGCGAGCGUGGGGCCGGGGGAGGGUGUCUCGGCCAGUGCGGCCUCAGGGGAGGCCCUCAAGCAGGAGUGUGACUCCCUGGGCCCCGCGAUGGCCAGCAGCAGCACCUCCAAGCCCUCCUCGUCCUCCUUGGGCACCCGGAGCCUCGCAUGGCCCUGGAGCCAGGCCACCCAAGGCUGCCAGGGCCUCGCGGUCACCCUGCCCCCGGUGGUGAUCGUGUCCAAGGCAGCUUACAGCCUCCUGGGCGCCCAGAAGGGUGGCAAGCUGCCGUCCUCGGCCUCCCUGCUGCCCCACGCCGACGUGGCGUGGGUGAGCUCCCUGCGGCCCUGCCUGCCCCGGGACGCGGGCGGCGAGGAGCAGUCCCAGUACUACCGGCAGUGGACGGCGGCCCGGCAGCACCACGCCGACCACAGCAACCAGCUGGACCCCGCCUCGGGGGCCCGGGCCUUCCACCCGAGGCGCCUGCUGCUCACCGGACCCCCGCAGGUGGGAAAGACCGGCUCCUAUUUACAGUUCCUUAGGAUCCUCUUCCGCAUGCUCAUCCGGCUCCUGGAGGUGGAUGUGUACGAUGAAGAGGAAAUCAAUGCUGAUCACAGCGAAAGCAGUGACGUGAGCCAGUCUGAGGGAGAGCCCUGGCCCGACCUGGAGAGCUUCAGCAAGAUGCCUUUUGACGUCAGCGUGCAUGACCCCAAGUACAGCGUGAUGAGCCUGGUGUACACCAAGAAGCUGGCAGGAGUGAAACGAGAAGUAAUGAAGGAAUGCAGACUUGAAGAACCCCGGAAACGAGAAACCGUGUCCAUGAUGCUGACCAAAUACGCGGCCUACAACACCUUCCACCACUGCGAGCAGUGCCACCAGUACAUGGACUUCACCCCUGCCUCACAGAUGUCCGACUCCACCCUUCAUGCAUUCACAUUUUCUUCCUCUAUGCUGGGAGAAGAAGUUCAGCUCUAUUUCAUCAUUCCCAAGUCCAAAGAGAGUCAUUUUGUCUUCAGCAAGCAGGGCAAACAACUGGAGAGCAUGCGGCUACCUCUGGUUUCAGACAAGCAGAAUUUGAAUGCAGUCAAGAGCCCUAUUUUCACUCCUUCCAGUGGCCGCCACGAGCAUGGGCUCCUAAAUCUUUUCCACGCCAUGGAGGGCACCAGCCACCUCCACCUUCUGGUGGUCAAAGAAUACGAGAUGCCACUCUACCGCAAGUACUGGCCCAACCACAUCAUGCUGGUGCUCCCCGGCAUGUUCAACAAUGCAGGCGUGGGUGCUGCUAGGUUCCUCAUUAAGGAGCUGUCCUAUCACAACCUAGAGCUGGAGAGGAACCGCCUGGAGGAGCUGGGAGUCAAACGCCAGUGUGUCUGGCCUUUCAUCGUCGUGAUGGAUGACUCCUGUGUUCUGUGGAACAUUCACAGUGUUCAGGAGCAAACCAGCCAGCCAGUGGAAGGAGGAGUUUCCAGUAAGAAUGUGUCCUUGAAGAGUGUCUUGCAGCAUAUUGAAGCCACACCAAAGAUCAUCCACUACGCAAUCCUGGGCAUACAAAAAUGGAGCAGCAAGCUGACUUCUCAAAGCCUAAAGGCCCCGUUCUCUAGGUGCCAUGUGCAUGACUUCAUUCUCCUCAACAUAGACUUGACUCAGAAUGUGCAGUAUGACUUCAACAGGUAUUUCUGUGAAGAUGUUGACUUUAACCUGAGAACAAACAGUAGUGGCUUGCUCAUCUGCCGCUUUAACAACUUCAGUCUCAUGAAGAAACACAUUCAGGUUGGAGGACAAAGGGACUUUAUCAUUAAACCAAAGAUCAUGGUGUCAGAGAGCUUGGCUCCCAUCUUGCCCCUUCAGUAUGUUUGUGCUCCUGACAGUGAACACACGCUGCUAGCAGCACCAGCACAGUUUCUCCUGGAGAAGUUCCUUCAGCAUGCUUCAUAUAAACUCUUCCCCAAAGCCAUCCAUAACUUCAAAAGUCCUGUGCUGGCCAUUGACUGCUACCUUAACAUUGGACAAGAGGUGGCUAUAUGCUACAUCAGCUCCAGACCCCACUCCAGCAACGUCAAUUGUGAAGGGGUAUUUUUCAGUGGACUCCUCUUGUACCUCUGUGACUCUUUUGUAGGUGCUGAUCUUCUUAAGAAAUUUAAGUUUCUAAAAGGUGCUACCCUGUGUGUCAUCUGCCAAGACCGAAGCUCCUUACGCCAAACAAUUGUCCGCUUAGAGCUAGAGGAUGAGUGGCAGUUCCGUCUCCGGGAUGAGUUUCAAACUGCUAACAGCAGUGAUGACAAGCCUCUCUACUUUCUUACUGGACGCCACGUAUGAAUGUUUGAAGAGACCAAAAAUAACAAAGGGAUGCCUAGGUGGGAUGGGAGUAAAACAAUUUCUUUUCUUCAAAGUACAAUCACUGUGGAGCAAAGUGCAACAUACUUGUCUAUUCUCCAAGGAACUCCCCAAAUCUGUCUUUGGGGACAUCAGUCUCCUUCAGUUCCAAUUACAGGACUUUAAGGUCAGGUGAACUGCACAGUAGGUAGUUACACAAUUACUUAAGAUGGAAGCCUGAGUACAGACUUUGGAGAACAGUGUGCAUGGUUUUGUUUCUACUAUACUAUGUUAAAGGAAAAGUUGUCAGCAUUAGGUAGCUUGAAUGUGGUUACGUGAGACUCACACUACUGGUGUGGAACUAAUGGAAGAUAAACAUGUGAGGCCUGACCCUCAGUUUCUCUUCAGAUCUGUACUUUGGUACAGUAUUACUCAGGGGUAUGAAAUGAUAAAAUGUAGACAAUAUUUGUAUUUAAAAAAGUAGUCUUGUCUUUCUCUGUGUAGUGUUAGUUUAAGAUUUAUAAUCUUAUAUGUAUUGAAACUUUUGGCAAAAUUUCCACAGAAGUUAAAAGUUUACUAUUUAAACCGAACAAACAAGUCAGUAAAUGCAGAGCAGGCAUGGUGUGCAUUUAUGAAGCUUCUCAGCUUAGUCCCUUUGGUUUUCCCAUUCUUUAAAGAAGUCUCCAAGUCUUUAAGCACAUCGUGUCAAUAUGGAAUAGUGAUUAUUCCUGUGCAAAAAACAGAUUUAAGUAGUUGGGCCAAGUAAGCCACCUUCAUAGUAACCUGCACCUACCCUGUUUUGGUUGAAAGUCAGCAGCUGCCAUCAACAGGCUGAGAUUCUGUUGUGGAGUCAAGGAACACAAGCAAAGUUUCCUCUAAAAGACACACUGAGCAUAAGCUGCCUUAAAAUGACAACAUGGAAAUCGCUGAAACAGAGAAAAAAAAAUAACUGUCCUAGUUCUACCAGCCACUUUUUGGUGAGGGAUGAGGAAGAUUCUAUGAAGUCUUUUUGACUCACUAAAAUUUACAGGUGGUAUUUUACUAACAACAAUACAUAACAACAGGAGGCAUAAUUUUCUAUGGAUUUAUCACCAAGUAAUUUUAAAAAACAGGGUUUCAGAAAGUAUUUUACAAGUCUUUUGCAAAUUUACACUGAGAUUACAAGUUCAUCACUUAGCUUCAGAUUUCUCUCAUUAGGCUACAUGUAUAUCACUUUAUCCCCACUUAAAAUGAUCACUUUUACUUGAAUCUAUUUAGGCCCCUCAGGACCUAUCUAAGCCUGCAUUUACUUAGAACAAAGUGUUAACCUAUCAGCUUUAUUGCCUUGUGAUAACGCUAAUGAAAUGAUGAAACUGAAAAUGGUUUGCAAAUUUCUUGGUUUAAAUAUAGCUACUUGUAAUGCUUUAAGUGUAUCUUGAACAAUUUCUUUAAACCCCAUUUUUAAACUUUCCUUCAAAGAAAACCUGCCUUAUGUAUGAUUUUAAAAAAUAUUGCUUUAGUACAAACUUUUGGCCAAGAGGUAUGUUCUGAGGCAAUUUUUAAAGAAUGAAUGUACUUCACUUCCUCCUGUUUUGUUUAAAGGGCCUGAUGCAGAUGAUAUGUCAAGAAACCCACUGUCUGUGCAAUAUUUCAAUAACACUACAUAGGGCAAAUAAAAUACUUGAAAUAAUCCUAAAACAAUUUUUGUACCUGGGGCAGAUGGCCUUAUGACUGAAUAAUCUAAAGAACAUUUUUAAAGUUAGAUGGAAGUACUCCAAUGAUUAUCGCUUGUAAAUACUUCUCAGUGCAACAAUGUAGAAGAAAAAUAAAAUAAAGCCAAAAGACUAUCACCCCAACAAUGAAGAAAUUUCAGCUGAUCCGCCUGCCUUCCUCCCCCUCCCACCCCCACCCCCCACAACGAAACCUGUUUUACUAAAAAGUCUGGAUCUUUUAAAAACACCUUCUCAGUAUAAUUCGUUCAAGAAUGUCUUCUUAAGGAUGAAAUUGCACAAGUUCAAGACAUCAUGACUUCUUAAUGCUUGUCUUGAGAGUUUUAUGCUUACUCCUUAAGAUGCUGAGGAUUCAUUAAGCCAGACAUUCAUUAAGCCUGCUGGACCUCGGCAUCUAUGACAGCUCAUGCAGGUUAAUAAUGAAUGUAAAGUAAAAAUUGCAAGAAUUAUUGUAGUCAGUCUGUUUGGGCUGUAAUUUAUGCAACUGCUUCAUAUGACUUAGAAAAGGGAGCACCGUAUUCCUUUGCUACUGUAAAAUUUUCUUAACCAAAAUUUGGUGAAUUUCAGUCUACCUCACCUUUUGUUUUGAUUCUGUAAGUUAUAUCUAUAGUCUGUUUUAUCCUUUCAUUUAAUUUGGUGAAUAUAUUAAAAUUCUCUCCCAUUCCCCAA